AUGAGCAGCACCAACGUUGGCACUCCUUCAUCCUCUGUUUCGGCAGCUUCAAGUACUGGUAUUCCCUUCAUCAAAUCAAAAGGAAGAACCGUACCAAAACCUUUCAAUCUCUCCACCUCUGCCAAGUCCUCGGCUAGUACCAAUAAGAAACGUGAUCUUUCUCAAGUAUCCUCGUCCGAUGAUGGCACUUGUACCGUGAGAUCAAAACAUGUUGAAAAGGACGUUAAGAAACUCAAAAUGAUUCCUGGUAGUGCUGUUGGCUCGGGUGUUCCAUUCAUUAAGAAGAAGGCUACUACGGUUUGCAAACCACCAGUUUUAUCCACAGAUAGUCGGAAGAAUGAAAAGAAUUCUUCAUCAUCGUUGUUACAGAACAAGACAAAAACACAGAAAGGAUCUACGGCUAUUGCACCUGCUAAAACACCCUUUGAGAUGGAGGAAGAGAUUGUUGAAAAGUUAAUCCGUGAGUUAUUUACAGAGGUCUUUAAGAAGGAUGUGAAUGCUGAUCCAGAACGUAUUAAGGUUUCAACGGAGGCGCUCUUAAAAAGAUUGAAUACAAAGAUUGAGACUGAACUUCAGAGUUGUUAUCAAUUCCAUACGACUAGUGUUGAUUUUGCCUUGUUGAAGAACUUUUGUAGACAACACAGUAGAAAGUUUGAGAUUGAAAUGCAAAGCAAGCUCAUCAAGUUGAAGAAAUCUUCUGUUUUGAAGGCUGUGAAUUCCACAACUACCAAAUCUAAUAAGGCUGUUCUAAUUGCUUCCAUCAAGAAACUAGAAACCGAAACAUCGACCUCUCCAGAAAAGGCAGUGCAAGAAAAGUUAGCAACUCAAGACGAAAACAAAAUGGAUGAAAAGGCAGAUAAUAAUGUCAAUGAACCAGAAAAAGCAGAACCAUUGCAAGAAGAUUCUCCAAUGACAACGUGUUCCGAAGUGGUUGAAAAAAUUGAAGAGAAACCAAGAGAAGAACCUGUUGAAGAUCAGGCAGAUGAUGCGAAUCCACUUGCACCACAAGCAACAACAACAACACCACAAGAGGCUACAGAGGAUGCAGCUCAAUCCGUGGUGACAGUUGAACACAACUAA